AAGAUUUGUUCCCCUUUUGGGGUCUCUGGGUAGCAGGAGCGGCCGCUAGAGGUUGUUCUGAGGUAGUUUCGUCCCGUACAGCGGAGGGUCGGGGAGGCGUUUCUCGAAAGACUGCCAUUAUACGCCGGAUGUUCGUGACAGAAUACUAGUUUAAUUGGGAGUUUGGCCUCUUCUGCUUCUAUGUACCAUGAGCCCAACUGAUGCCAAGCGUUGUGCCAAGCGCAAGAAGAAUAAGAAGGGCAGUGGCCUUGGCUUAGCAAGUCUUGCUGGUGCCCUGGAGAUCAAGCCUGCAGGGCCUGCUGCUUCAACCCCUGCUUCUCCCUCUUCAUCCCCAUCAACUUCCUUUGUUGCCUCCUUGCAAAUGGCUGCUGCUGCAGCAACAGUUUCUAGCACCGGAAAUGAUCUGGCAGCCACUCCUGUGAUUUCCAGUGAAAGGAUGGGGAAGACCGAGAUGCCCAAAAAGCGUUGUGGAGGGACAAUUAAUUCUAGACAAACACGCAAGCAAAGUAGAAUUGCUGCUUCAGCUGCUGAAGCCGCUUCACAGGCUGCUUCACAGGCAGAGCCAAUUGACCUCGAAGAAGGUGCUUGUGAAGAAGUCGUAGACCUUACUUGUGAAUCUUCAGAACCAGUAGUCGUUGAUCUGACACACAAUGAUUCUGUUGUGAUAGUUGAAGAAAAUGUUCGACAAAGAAAUCAAGAGUUAAGAAGGCAACAACUGCCUGACAGCUGUGUACUAAGUAGUGAUGACGACGAUGCAAGAGAUAAUGAUGUGGUGCUGACCGGUACAUUGCCCAGAGAAUUAGAAUUGCUUGAUGAUGGAAUUUCAAAUUCACGGCGUUCAGGUACCGUGAGUUGUCCAAUUUGCAUGGAUGGCUACUCUGAAAUUGUGCAGAGUGGGCGGCUCAUUGUAUCAACAAAGUGUGGUCAUGUCUUUUGUAGUCAGUGCCUCCGUGAUUCGCUAAAAAAUGCUAAUUCUUGCCCAACUUGUAGGAAGAAGCUUGGUUACAAACAAUAUCAUCCAAUUUAUAUAUGAAGCUUUAAAUUCUUCUCUGAAGAAUCUAACUUGAACUUCUAUGGAUCCUGCAUAAACUUAUACCUCUGCAAACAAAGGGUUAUAGAUCACAUAUGUGCCCACUUGUGAAGUUGAUUUGUGAACUUUUCUAGUUGGCCUUUUUAUUGGCCAGUCCUACACAUGGGUUUUGUUUUGUUUUGUUUUGAUACUUGUACCAACGCAUUUGCUAAAGGACAGUAUGUGAGAAGCAGCUAGUGUUGCUGUGUUACUUUCAAAGAACUUGAUUGAAACCUUUGCAAAAUGUAUUGACCACUUUGGGGGACUGUGUGAAUGCAUUUUGUUCAGGACUUUGAAGUCAUUAUGAUCAUGAUAGUACAAGUAAAAGUGGCAAACGACUACCAAACCUGCAACUCUGUUGUGCUGUUCACUCUUUAAGAAUUGAUACCAAAUGUUAUCUGUUUACCCAUGAUGAGCCUCCUUUUGUGGAAACUUCAGAAUUUCAUAUGGGACAUGACUAUAAGCAUACUGCAACUCACUUGCAAUAUCAGAUGUGUAAAUACUGUAUUUGGAUGCAUUUUUAAUCAACACAGAAGACAAAGACUAUCUGUAAGAAAUACCUGGCUGUUACAGCCAUACCUAUAAGCAAAUCUUGUAUGUGCACACCUUACAUCUGGAGGGGGGGAGGAGGUGUGGUUACUUAUCUUGGCCCUGUUAGAUACUCAUGCUAUAAUGCUAAACAGCUUUAUAUCAAACAAAACACAAAAACCUUAAUGAUGGACCAAUUAGCUAACAUUUUAAGAAUCUUCUGUUGCGGACAUGCUUAAUCAUAAGCAAUUCAAUCUUCAGUAUUUUGAAAACUGUCACAUCAUGGCCUGCUUGCCAUUUGACAGUAUUCAGAAUGCUGUGCAGCUUUCUCAGAUCUGGUGCCCACCAGAUGUUUUGGACUGCAACUCCCAUCAUCCCCAGUUAGUACAGUUGUUCUGACUGGGACUGAUGGAAGUAGUAGUCUGAAACAUCUGAAGGGCACUGGGUAGGGGACAGCUCAUGCUAUGUGGAAUUUAGUUACUAAUUUCAGAACUAAGCAUUUUCUGAUGACUUUCUAUUUUCAUGUGUAAAGCCGUGGCAUAUUAGGUUCAUGGGAUUUCUAUAUCGCUGAUAGAUAAGUUUUUCAUAUUCAUUACAGUGCAGCUUGGAGUCUGUCUGCAAGUCCAUUUUCUGAGCUUCAGAUUAUUUCCUCUGUAAGGGAAGCACUGGAAAUUGCCCCCACCCCCAAAAAACAACAACAAAAACCCAGUACAUCCAUCAGCAGGGAGAAAAGAGCUGUGCAAGCUGCACAAACACAGGCUCUUUCAGGAACAUAC